AACAAGCGUUCUUCUAACGUUUUUUAGCGUCAGCAAUUCUUGGCGUCAUCCUCCUCCCUCUUCUUCUUCGAGUGGCGACCUGCGGUCCCAAACUUCCCACCAUCCACUGCCUGACUGCCACCAAGAAUGGCAAAGAUCGCGGGACCGAUCCUUCUCAUGCUCCAGAUACUUUUCCUCGCCGCAGCCGGCGCCGCCGCCUCCUCCGCCCACCCGGCCUAUGAGGAGGAGACGGCGGCGUGCGGGGUGGGCGGCGGCGAGGAGGAGCUGGUGGUGAUCAGGAGGGAGGAGUAUGACGGGGGCCGGAUCCUGGACAUCACGCACGCGUACAGGGAGGACAUGCCUUCGUGGGAGACGGACGAGGGGCUGGGCCAGUUCCUGUGGCUCCCCAAGUCCAUGAAGAACGGCUCUCUCGCAAACAACUCUGAGAUGAAGAUGCCCACCCACUCCGGCACCCACGUCGAUGCCCCCGGCCAUGUCUUCCAGCAUUACUUCGAGGCCGGCUUCGACGUCGACACCCUCGACCUUGAAGUCCUCAAUGGCCCUGCAUUGUUAGUGGAUGUUCCAAGGGACAAGAAUAUAACAGCUGAGGUAAUGGAGUCUUUACAUAUUCCCAGAGGAGUUCGUCGUGUGCUUUUCAGAACAUUAAACACUGACAGGAGGCUUAUGUGGAAAAAAGAGUGUCAUACAGAUUACGUUGGGUUCAUGAAAGAUGGUGCGCGGUGGCUGGUCGAUAACACUGAUAUCAAACUUGUUGGUGUUGACUAUUUAUCUGUUGCUGCAUAUGCUGAUUUGAUCCCUUCUCAUUUGGUUUUUCUCAAAAGCAGGGAAAUCAUCCUCGUGGAAGCCUUAAAACUAGAUAAUGUCAAGCCUGGGAUAUACGCCUUGCAUUGCUUACCUCUCAGGUUGCUUGGUGCUGAGGGUUCACCAAUCAGGUGCAUUCUUAUCAAAUAAGUUAUGCAAGCCUUGCACGGAAGGGCAACAUACCAGCGCAGAUUUCUCUCUGUUAGUGCUGCAAAUGGGUUGUUCUAGAACCUUUCUUGACAUUAUCUCUCUAUUCUAUGUAAAGUUUCAGUAUUUCAGGGACAACAAUGUGGCAUAAUAAUCUCUUCAAUCAUCAGGUGUUGGGAUAGACAUGGUUUUAUAAUAUUUUUAGAUUCUUAGUGUUAGACACGUCUGCUUAAAUGACACAGCUUGUAGAUUCGUAACUACAUUAUAUGAGAUAUAGAUUCUAUGUGUAAUAGAAUGGUGGAAAAUGCUUCAUGUCUUCUAUAAUGAGUUAAAAGUCUGGAUCAUUAGGUUAUGACUUCACCUUGUAUUAUAUGAAUCAUGCCAACUAAUGUAGCCAUGGUAGCAACAUUGACUUCUGAUUAUCA